UAUUCGAGGGGGUCUUCUUCCUCUUGCUCCAAUUGUUUGUCUUCCAGGUCAGCUGAGUAAUCUGAAGAAUCUGCUGUGCCGCCACUGCUUUCUGUAGAUCAUAUUCUUGCUGAUUGCUCGCUUCCAAUCGAUCGAUCUUAGAAUUUGUUUAACAGAGAUGUUAUCCAUGGAGGGAAAGAGCUCGAGUGACUCUAUAUGGGCUGAUGCAACAUCUGAUGUGGACGAAGAACAAUCUCAUAAGACUGAGAAGAGCCAGUUAACAGAUGAGUUAUCCAUGGGGGGAAAGACCCCGAGUGACCCUAUAUGGGAUCAUGCAACAUUUGAUGUGGACAAAGAACAAUCUCAUAAGACUAAGAAGCCCCGGUCAACUCCAUUUAUACGUGGAAGUAAUGAGGUGGUCUUUAGCUAUGCUGAGCGCCAGUCAUCUAAAGAUCUGGCCUCAUAUCUCAGUCUGACAUUGGAGACAGCCGGAAUCAUCAACUACGGACAUGACGGACUCAUUGCUUCGGUGGAAGAAAUCUAUCAACCCAUUUACAUUCCCGUGAUAUGUGAGGAUUAUCUGUCAACACCGGAUUGCCUGACUGAGCUUCGAUACUUGUUGAAUGCCUGGAAGCUAAAACCUGACAAUGUGAUUUUACCCAUAUUUCAUGGCCUCAAACCCUCUGAUACAUUCAAAAGAGCCACAACAAUAAUCGAGAAAUGUUGCUUGGAGCCACCGAUUCGUGAGGCUUGCAUUGAAGCUCUUAAAGAGGUUGCAAAGAUGAGUGGAUGGGUUGUCACCGAUCCCUGCUCUGAAGAAAUUGUGCACUUGAUUGCUCAAGAAGUUGCAAGUAUAAUACAUCCAAAAUUUCCACAAGAAGGUCCAUAUUUUGUUGGAAUUGAUCGAAAAGUAGAACAGAUCAUGAAUCUCUUAAAUGCCGAAGUUAAUGACAAAAGGGUAGUUGGUAUACAUGGGAUGGGUGGUAUUGGAAAGACUACUCUUGCAAAAGUCGUCUAUAAUCGUCUCUCAGCUUGCUUUGAAGGCUGUUGCUUUCUUCCAGAUAUCCGGCAGACAACCAAACGAAUGAAGAACUGCUGUCAGAAUUUGCAGACAAAAUUGAUCUCUGGCAUAUUAAUGAGAGAGUGUGACGAGAUUACUUCUGUUGAUGAAGGAGUUAGCUAUAUGAGAGAAGUAUUUUGCAAUAUGAAAGUGCUAAUAGUUCUUGAUGACGUGGACAGAAGGUUUAAUCUCACAGAACUCAUAGGAGAGCUCGAUACAUUUGGUCCCGGAAGCAGGAUAAUCGUCACCUCGAGAUAUGAAAAACAUCUUCCAAGAGUUGAUCAGACUUUCGAAGUUCCAGAGCUGUGUCGAUGGGAAGUUCAGCUGCUUUUCUCCAGUUAUACAGAUGCAGAUUUCCCUCCUUUUAACGAACUUGCCGCUGAAAUUGUAUCUGUUGUAGGAGGACUCCCUCUCGUUGUUGAAGUUAUUGGAUCAGUUUUAUUUGGUAAAGGAGUUGCAGUAUGGACAGAGACACUUCAAAAGUUAAAGCUUAUACAUUAUAAGGGAGUGCAAGAAAAGCUGAUGAUAAGUUAUGAAGCCUUGGAUGCCCCGCAAAAACAGAUGUUUCUUGAUAUAGCAUGUUCAGUCAAUGGAGAGGAUCUGCGGAUUGCAUCAUACAUGUGGCAUGAGUUCAGCACAUCUCAUUUAUCUGGAGGAAGUGAAUACCGGCAUUUAUUGUCCCUUGUAAAAAUUGGAGAUGACAAUGAGUUGUGGAUGCAUGAUGAACUACGGGAGCUAGGAAGACAACUACUUGCAUGUCAAUGUGGUGACACAGAUUUCCCGAUGGAAAUUAAACCUCAGACAACAUGGAGAGACUACGGCAUGUUUGAGGGCGUGAAGGGAAAGGAGAAAGUUGGAGCUCCCAUUCCUCGAUGUGAUGAUCUAUCACCAUACGAAGAUAUGAAUACCCAAGGGAUGACAGGCAUAAGGUUUCUCAUUGUGGAAUAUGGAAGCAUCAAUAGAUAUGAUGCUUUUCCAGAUUUGAGGUGGCUCCAGUUGCAUGGGUGCCCUCAAAAUUGCCAAGAAGCUAUAUUAUUUCCGAAGAGUUUAGUUAUACUGGACGUUUCAUGGAGCAACAUCACUGAAAGCUGGGAGGGCUGGGGGCAAAUCAAGAUGGUGGAAACGUUGAGAGUUUUGAACCUUACAGGCUGUAACCAUUUAAUCACGACUCCAAACUUCUCUGGUUUCCCAGCCUUGGAGGUACUGAUUCUUGAGCAAUGCUGCCAUUUGGUUAAGAUAGAUCCAUCGAUUCGCCAUCUACAGAACUUAGUUUCACUGAAUUUGAACUUCUGCACUGAACUUAGCAACUUACCUAAAGAAUUGGGCUUCAUGAAGGCACUGAAGGAGCUGUUAAUAGAUGGAACUUCUGUGCAAGAAAUUUCUCCGUCAAUUGGUCAUAUUGAGACACUCCAAACUCUCAGUGCUUCUGGCUGUCUUUCACUCGAUCGACUGCCCAGUUCAAUUUGUUAUCUAAGAUCCCUUUUAGUGCUCUCUUUGGAUCAUGCAAGAAUAACCCAAAUUCCAAGUUCAAUAAAAGAGCUGGUAAACCUUCAGAAGUUGUCAUUAAGGAAUUGUCGCUUGUUAGGAGAACUACCAAGUACCUUCGGAGAACUGGGAUUUCCAUUAUGUGAGUUGGAUGUUUCUAAAACGGGCAUCUCAGAGUUGCCUGAUUCAAUUGGAAACCUUAGUAGCCUGAGAGUGCUUAAAUUGGAGUCUUGUUUCAUCGAGGAAUUUCCUUCAACGAUUGUCAGGCUUGAAAGACUAGAGGAGAUCCACGCCUCAUACUGCAGGAAUUUGACAAAGUUCAUUCCCUCUGAUUCAGAUAAUGUUGCAUUUGGGAGCCUUAUGUCUUUGAAAACAUUGAGACUGGGAUUUUCUCGUAUUUCUGAGUUACCAGAAAACUUCCGUGCCCUGCCGCGCCUCGAGACCCUCGACUUACUUCAGUGCAACAUGCUCAGGAAAUUGCCAGUUCUUCCCUCUAGCAUAACUAGUUUGCGGUAUACUUGUAAAGGAAUGGAAAGACCAAGGCUCUUCUGGUUGGAUAAUUUGAAAGAAGUGCUUUUGGCAGAUACUGAUACUGAGAAACUCAUUUGCCGAGAAACGGAUUCUAGGGAACCUACGUUUUGGCCAGAUGGUGGGCUACCAACGCAAGAACGUAACUUUUUCAAUGGAUUUUCACUGAUUGGCUGUCCGAAAGUGAGGAUUGUAGAAUUUCGCCUUCCAUGGGUCACUAAGAUCUACUUUCCCAUCUCUUCCCGGCUUCGUCAUUCACUCAAGAAAGUUGUCUUGUCCUGUGUGAACCUACAAUACGUUCCUGCAUUUCCUCCAACAUUGGUAAGUCUAACGUUUCAAUACUGUUGGUCUCUGAAGUCUGCGUGCGUCCACGGGUUGAAAGCUUUGGAGGAAUUAUACUUGGAUCACUCUGCCAUCAUUGAAAUCCUCGACCUCCAUGAGCUAGAAGCUUUGGUAAUACUGAAGUUAUCCCACUGCAGAAUGGAACAUCUGAAGGGGCUCCAGGAGCUAACGUCUCUAAGAAGUUUGACUGUCUCUCAUUGUGAUCACCUCAGCGAGUUUCCGGAUCUGUCCAAACUGAAGGCUUUGGUGGAACUACACCUUGAUAACUCUGCCAUCAGUCAGAUCUCCGGCCUCUCUAACUUACAAGCAUUGGAGAUUCUGAAGGUAUCCAACUGUAGAGCACUGGAACAUCUGGAGGGGCUACAGGAGCUAACGUCUCUAAGAAGUUUGACUGUCUCCCAUUGUGAUCGACUCAGCAAGUCGCCGGAUCUGUUGGACCUGAACCCGCUGGAAGUCUCAGACAUUCUGGGUGGUUGUGAUGGCUGAUGGUAUUCAGAGCCUCUAAGGAUUUGACAUCAGACUAAAACUGAGAUCCUCAAUGUUCUUAUUCAAGGGAGGAAGGACUAAAAUUAGCAUACAUUUUCUUGUAAAUUUCGUGCAUGUAUUAAAAAAAGAAGAAGAAAGGAUUUAUGACCUGCUCAUUAUGAAUUCAUCGUUGAUCUGUUCGGUUCCCCCGUCCGAAACAAAGGGUGUCUUCUCCUCUUGUAUAAGCUAGUUGAGCACAUGUUGUGGAUCCCAAUGGGUUGCAUCUCCGUGGAUGGAUAGAACUGACAUUUUCUUUUUAAGGAUUAGUUCUGCUACGGAUCUAAUUUUAUACAUAGUGAUCUGUCUCGUUUAACGCUUGCUUUUCUCUUAUCAGAAAUCUACUGGUAGACUCAAAGAUGUUCAUUCACUGAUGUCGCUCUGUCUACGGAUUGCCCAGCAGUUGGCACCUGGUUUCCUUGCAGAGGCCCCGGACAGUCCGAAGCUUAAGUGUGAAUAGGCCUCGACAAAGUUGAUAGCAUCUAAAGGACAGUAAAUGUAACUCCACAAUGCAACCACAAGACAUUCGGCACAAUGUCAUGGAAAAGCCCCCCACCGGGAUCAUUUACAAAUGCUUGCUCUCUGUAUAUAUGUGUUUUUUUUUUUUUCCCUUUUGCAUGUGAAUGCUCUCUCCAUGUCAAGGAUGAGUGCGUCGAAGAAAUCUUCCCGACUUUUGGAAGCAUAGGCAUCAUUUAUUUGCUCGGACCAUGUUCUUUCUUUGGACAUUGACUGCAGAAGUAGUCGUUAUGUUUAGUGUUGUUUCCAGUAA